CCUACUUUUCCCUUACCAAACUACCUUGUACCUUUUAUAUAUAUAUAUAUAGCUUAGAACUUGUAUAAAUAUUCAUGUAUAUGCGCAUGCAUCUUCGCCUAACUCUGUCAUUUCAUUUCUCCAAAAUUUCUCUCUGUCUAAAAUCUCAUUAAUUAAUUUAUAUAUAGACUUUGAAUGAAUUCAUAGCUAGGUGAUGAUAAGAUCAUAUUAAUGGAAGAUAAUAAUGGCAUUAUUAAUGAUAAUAAGUCAAGAAUACCUGGUUUUAGAUUCUACCCAACCGAAGAAGAGUUGAUUUCAUUCUAUCUUCAUAACAAGCUAGAAGGUGAAAGAGAGGAUUUGAAUCGGGUCAUAAACCGGGUUAUUCCUCUUCUUCCUAUUUAUGAAUUCAACCCUUGGGAUCUUCCACGGUAUUCAGGAGUAGCAUGCCAAGGAGAUCCAGAACAGUGUUUUUUCUUCAUAGCAAGGCAAGAGAGUGAGGCAAGAGGAGGUAGGCCGAGCCGGCUAACGGAGAGUGGCUACUGGAAAGCCACCGGCUCUCCCAGCUACGUUUACUCUUCCAGAAACCGAAUAAUCGGACUCAAACGGACCAUGGUAUUCUACAAUGGGAGGGCGCCUCAUGGUACCAAAACCCAAUGGAAGAUGAACGAGUAUAAGGCUAUUCAAGGAGAACCAACUACUACUCCUUCUGCAACAAUAUCUCAUCUUCCUCUCUUAAGGCAAGAGUUUAGCUUAUGCAGAGUUUACAAGAAAACAAAAUGCUUGAGAGCAUUUGAUAGAAGGCCUACUAGGGAAGAAAUCAUAACUAUUAAUCCCACCACCACCACCACCACACUUGAUCAUCAUCAUCACCAACACCAACCGUCUUCCCUUCCUCCUCAGCUGCCGCCGCCACUACUCACCGACAUGAUGAGUACCACUCCUUCCUCUUCUGGCGGUGGCAGUGGUGGCCAGCCUUCUCAAAGUGUGGAGAGCGAGUACUUGAACACUCAAACUUCGACUGAUAAUAAUAAUAAUUAUGAUGGUACUACUGAUACCUGGGGAUGGGGCUGGGAUCAGUUUAAUUUAUUAUAAUCGAGAACGUAUAUAUAUAUAUACUAGUAAAAAGUUACGUGCGAUGCACGUAUUCUAAAUUUUAUGUUAGUUAUUUUUUACUUUAUUUAAAAGUUAACAAUUAAAAAUUAAAGAAAAAAUAUUAUAAGUUAUUAAGUGAGAUUAUUAUUAUGUAUAUCUAAAUAAUCUGGUAGUGACAGAGUAGUUUAGCUAUAUAAGGCUGAAACCGGUAGGCUUUGAGCCCUUUACAUGUUUAAUGUCAUUGUUGAUUUCACCAA